GGCGGCUGUAGCUCAGUGCCCCCACCCCCGGCUCCCGCCCCAAGCUGCCCACCAGCCCCCUUCCCUCCGGGCCGGAGCCUGAGCCGAGUCCGGCCGGCUGUGCCGAGCCGCCGGCACCGCCGGGAAGAUGGCCGUGGCACUGCGGUACUUGUGGCCUCUCCUCCUGUGCAGCCCCUGCCUGCUCAUCCAGAUCCCCAAGGAAUAUGAAGGACACCACGUGAUGGAGCCUCCUGUCAUCACGGGACAGUCUCUACCGCGCCUGGUUGUCUUCCCCACAGAUGACAUAAGCCUCAAGUGUGAAGCCAGUGGCAAACCCGAAGUGCAGUUCCGUUGGACUCGGGAUGGUGUCCACUUCAAACCCAAAGAGGAACUGGGUGUGACCGUGCAUCAGGCUCCCCACUCUGGCUCCUUCACCAUCGCCGGCAACAACAGCAACUUUGCCCAGAGGUUCCAGGGCACAUAUCGCUGCUUUGCCAGCAAUAAGCUGGGUACCGCCAUGUCCCAUGAAAUCCAGCUUAUGGCUGAAGGUGCCCCCAAGUGGCCAAAGGAGACAGUAAAACCUGUCGAAGUAGAGGAAGGGGAGUCAGUGAUUCUGCCUUGCCACCCUCCACCCAGUGCAGAGCCGCUCCGGAUCUACUGGAUGAACAGCAAGAUCUUGCACAUCAAACAGGAUGAGCGGGUGACAAUGGGCCAGAAUGGCAACCUCUACUUUGCCAACGUGCUCACCUCGGACAACCACUCAGACUACAUCUGCCAUGCCCACUUCCUUGGCACUCGGACCAUCAUUCAGAAGGAACCCAUUGACCUCCGGGUUAAGGCCACCAACAGCAUGAUCGACAGGAAGCCGCGCCUGCUGUUCCCCACCAACGCCAGCAGCCACCUGGUGGCCUUACAGGGGAAGACUUUGGUCCUGGAGUGCAUCGCUGAGGGCUUCCCCACGCCCACCAUCAAGUGGCUUCGCCUAAGUGGCCCCAUGCCAGCCAACCGUGUCACCUACCAGAACCACAACAAGACCCUGCACCUGCUGGAUGUGGGCGAGGAGGACGACGGCGAGUACCGCUGCGUGGCUGAGAACUUACUGGGCACUGACCAGCACACGUACUACGUCACUGUGGAGGCUGCCCCGUACUGGCUGCACGAGCCCCGGAGCCAUUUGUACGGGCCAGGGGAGACUGCCCGCCUGGACUGCCAAGCACAGGGCAGGCCUCAACCAGAGGUCACCUGGAGAAUCAACGGGAUCCCCGUGGAGGAGCUAGCCAAGGAACAGAAGUACCGGAUCCAGCAUGGAGCCCUGAUCCUGAGCAAUGUGCAGCCCAGCGACACAAUGGUGACCCAGUGUGAGGCCCGCAACCGGCAUGGGUUCCUGCUGGCCAAUGCCUACAUCUAUGUCGUCCAGCUGCCGGCCAAGAUCCUGACCCCAGACAACGAGACCUACUUGGCAGUUGAGGGCAGCACUGCCUACCUUCUGUGCAAGGCCUUCGGAGCCCCGGUGCCCAGCGUCCAGUGGCUGGACAAGGAAGGCAAGACCGUGCUACAGGACGAACGCUUCUUUCCAUAUACCAACGGGACCCUGGGCAUCCGAGACCUCCAGGCCAACGACACUGGACACUAUUUCUGCCAGGCUGCCAAUGACCAGAACAAUGUAACCAUUGUGGCAAACCUGCAGGUCAAAGAUGCCACUCAGAUCAUUCAGGAGCCCCAGGAUGCAAUUGAGAAGAAAGGCUCAAGAGUGACAUUCACGUGUCAGGCCUCCUUUGACCCCUCCUUGCAGCACAACAUCACCUGGCGCAGGGAUGGUCGAAACCUCCAGGAGCUUGGGGACAGUGACAAGUACUUCAUAGAGGACGAGCGCCUGGUCAUCCACAGCCUGGACUACAGUGACCAGGGCAAUUAUAGCUGUGUGGCCAGCACCAAGCUGGAUGUGGUGGAAAGGAGGGCAAAGCUCCUUGUGGUGGGGAGCCCCGGGCCAGUGCCUCACCUGGAGCUGUCUGAUCAUCACCCGCUGAAGCAGAACCAGGUGCACCUGUCUUGGAGCCCCGCUGAUGACCACAACUCCCCCAUUGAGAAGUAUGACAUUGAAUUUGAAGACCAGGAGAUGGAGCCUGAGAUAUGGCGCAGUCUGGGAAAGGUGCCCGGAAACCAGACCUCCACCACCCUCAAGCUGUCGCCCUAUGUCCGCUAUACCUUUAGAGUUACUGCCAUCAACAAAUAUGGCUCUGGGGAGCCCAGCCCGGCCUCUGAGCCUGUGGCCACACCUGAGGCAGCCCCGGAGAGGAACCCCAAGGACGUGAAGGGGGAAGGGAAUGAGACUAACAACAUGGUCAUCACUUGGAAGCCACUCGAGUGGAUGGACUGGAAUGCCCCUCAGAUUCAGUACCGUGUGCAGUGGCGCCCUCAGGGGACACGGGGAGCCUGGCAGGAACAGAUUGUGAACGACCCCUUCUUGGUGGUGUCCAACACAUCCACGUUUGUGCCCUAUGAGAUCAAGGUCCAGACCAUCAACAGCCACGGCAAGGGCCCCGAGCCACAGGUCACCAUUGGCUACUCUGGGGAAGACUAUCCCCAGGCAUGGCCUGUGCUGGAAGACAUUAAGAUCCUCAACUCAAGCACUGUGCUGGUCAAGUGGUUGCCUGUGGACCCAGCCCAGGUCAAGGGCCACCUCCGCGGAUACAAUGUGACGUACUGGUGGGAGGGCAGUCAGAGGAAGCACAGCAAGAGGCAUGUCCACAAAGACCAUGUGGUGGUGCCCGCCAACACCACCAGCGUGACCCUGGAAGGCUUGCAGCCCUACAGCUUCUACUGUCUGGAGGUACAGGCCUUUAACGGCCGGGGUCUGGGGCCCGCCAGCAAGAGUAGGAACUUCAGCACCCCAGAGGGAGUGCCCAGCCGCCCUGAGGCAUUGCACCUGGAGUGCCAGUCUGACACCAGCCUGCUGCUGCAUUGGCAGCCUCCACUCAGCCACAACGGCGUGCUCACCGGCUAUGUGCUCUCCUACUACCCACUGGAUGAUGGGGGCAUGGAGCAGUUGUCCUUCAACCUUUCGGAUCCUGAGCUGCGGAUGCAUAACCUGACCAACCUCAGCCCCCACCUGCGGUACCGCUUCCGGCUGCAGGCCACCACGAAGGAAGGCCCUGGUGAUGCCAUUGUGCAGCAAGGAGGCACCAUGGCCUUAUCUGGGACCCUGGAUUUUGGCAACAUCUCGGCCAUGGCUGGUGAGAACUACAGCGUGGUCUCCUGGGUCCCCAAGGAGGGCCAGUGCAACUUCAAGUUCCAGAUCCGGUUCAAACCCCGGGGCGAAGAGAAGACCGGUCCUCAUCUCCCACCACGGUGUGUCAGCUACAACCAGACGUCCUACACACAGUGGGAUCUGCAGCCUGAUACUGACUACGAGAUCAGCCUGGUCAAGGAGACGGUGAUCCUGCAUCGGAUGGCUGUGAAGACCAACGGCACCGGCCGAGUGAGACUCCAUUCUCCCGGCUUUGCCACCGAGGGCUGGUUCAUCGGCUUCGUCAGCGCCAUCAUUCUCUUACUCCUCAUCCUGCUCAUCCUCUGCUUUAUCAAGCGCAGCAAGGGUGGCAAGUACUCGGUGAAGGAUAAGGAGGACACCCAGGUAGACUCUGAGGCCCGGCCGAUGAAGGAUGAGACCUUCGGCGAGUACAGGUCCCUGGAGAGUGACAACGAGGAAAAGGCCUUUGGCAGCAGCCAGCCAUCUCUCAAUGGAGACAUCAAGCCCCUGGGCAGUGACGAUAGCCUGGCUGACUAUGGGGGCAGCGUGGAUGUGCAGUUCAACGAGGACGGCUCCUUCAUUGGCCAGUACAGUGGCAAGAAGGAGAAGGAGGCAGCAGGAGGCAACGACAGCUCAGGACCGGCCUCCCCCAUCAACCCUGCAGGAACCCUGGAGUAGUGGGGUCCAGCCAGGCAAGGCAGGCAGGGCACAGCCCAGGACCCGGCCUCAGGGGAGUCAGAGGCCAAGAUCCCUGAGCCCGAUGUCUGUUCUGGGUCCCUGACCUUGGGACUGAGGCCCCUUCCUGUCUCCACCAGGCUGCACCCCACCCUCUGGCCCUGAGCCCGUGGGAAGGCUUGAGUCUGGAGCAGAGAAGAGAAGCUCACUGCCUAAUCUCCUUCUGACUACCCGGUCCCCAUUUCAUUGCCAAAACCCACCUGCACCCCUUCUUGGGCACACACUGCUUUGCUCCAGUUUGGGGGGCCGGCCAAUCACUCACAUCAGGAGCCUUCAGGUGCUGCCUCGCCAGCUUCUGGGCAGAGGGGCUGUGGUGGGGGAGUGGAGAUGGCCCCAGAGGGGUCUCUCAGAUGCUGCCUGAUGGGGAUCUCCUCAAGAACAGAGUUGGCACCUUCACCCCCAGCCACUCCUUGGCCAGUCUGGCUGGGACUGGGGCUAGAACUCCGUGUCCCCACCAUCUGCUCCCUUUGCCAUCUCGCCUCCAAUCAGGAUGGGAGCUGGGCAGGCUGGCCACAGGUGCAGAGGAGGCCAUCUGGAGAGCCCAGAGUCCCCACACGCUGGUAUCCUACUCAGUCAGCAGCCCGCCUCCCAUCGCCCACCCUAGCCUGUGGCUGGCAUUGAGGAGCUCCACACACACGCUGCCUUCGUUACCCACCAGACAACAUCCAAGUGGCCUCCAUCACUGCCGGGGUGCGGGGCAGGCAUGCCUCCUCCCCGCUGCCCUGGGCCUCUCCCAGCCCCCACGGCACCCCAGGACCCCUUAGCCCCGCCACUCCCACUCUGAACAGUUUCCCUCCCUCAGCCUUCCCCUCCACCCACCCUGGGAAUGUAAAUACACCGUGACUUUGAAAGUACCUACCCUUGCCCUUUUCCCAUAUGCCACUAGUGUGUAGGCAGAUGUCUGAGUCUCUAGGUGGUUUCUAGGUUUUAUAGCAAUUAGCUUUGAUGAUCCCAUCCCAGGAAAAAUAAAAACAGACAAAACAAAAAACAAAAAAAAAGGAAAGAUGGGUUCUCCCACCUCUGCUGUGCUCCUGCCGGCAGCCGCCCUGUCUCCCUGUCUGCCUUUGCUUGGUCUGUUAAUGAGCCCUUUACAAAAAACAAAAGUAUAUAUAUAUAUGUAUAUAAAUAUCAGAAUUAUAACAGGCAAAUAAAACCUGGAAACGAA